ACUGGAGACAUCAUUAUUUUAUUGCGAGACUGAUACUCGUGUACAGGUAACACCUCCAGCCGAGAUAACGAUUAUUCAGACUGAUAUCUUUAUACCGACGGGAACCAGUUUAAAAUAUUACCUUGAUAGCUUUCGUUUAAAUAUGACGGCACUUGCCUCGCGAGCAAAGUUAUUAAUUGCCGCUGUGGUUGUUGUACAAAUACAGUUUAACGGCGCUGUCGAGUUGUACCCCUAUGGAUCAUCCGUCCAGGACAGCAUGACGCCAAAAAUUGACGAUGGAUCCAGUCCCGCUUUGACGGCGAUAACUGGAUUCAAAUACUACGGAACGGUUUACAAUAUUUUCUACGUUAACAAUGACGGUUCGCUAACCUUCAAAGGACCUGCAUCAUUCAGCGACACCACGAUGUAUUCCCCGGGCACGACGACGGCCAUUUGUGCCUUCUGCGCCGACAUCUCCAUCAACAACGGCGGCACGGUGUGGUACAGGCAGACGACCGAUGCGACCUUCAUGGCCGACCUUGCGCAGACGGCGCAACAGUUCGAGAUGUUCGGUCCACUCUACAGUCCGGUUUCUGCUCUAGUGGUAACGUGGGAAGACGUCGCAGAUUACUUUGCGACUCCAGACAAGCGGAACACAUUCCAGGCGGUGCUAGCCACUGACAACGAGACGUCGUCGAUGGUGUUGCUGUUGUACGACAAAAUGACGUGGGUCAGGGACACCAUAGACUACGCAACACAAUUCCCCGAGGCAGACCCAGCUACCUUACCGCAAAUAAGAACUCAGGCUGGGUUUAUUAGCGGAGUAAAAAACCAUCUCCACCUCCUGGACGGGUCACGGUCAAAUGAUUUAAUCAACAUCACGCUCUUAUCGAAUAUUGGAAUUCCUGGAAAGUACCUCUUCCGAGUCGAUAUCGAUAUCAGAGAACCAACACUCGCAGGUCAGAAGUAAGCUGCCAUAUUCGUCAGGUCUGAUUGAUGGUUCUUUUGUUUUGCCAUGAGAGUGGACACGAAAGGGGAACACUAUCAAGCGCUUUGACAGAACAGAACAGAACAGAACAGAACAGAACUUUACUACGUCCAGGCCGUUACACAACGGCCUAUGAGGAACAUGAUAUAUAAACUGUAGUGACAAGACAGGAUUUACAGGAGACA